AUGACCAAGAAAAAUGAUAUACUACCAGCGAUAUCUGGCCUCGCAAGAGAGAUUGCACAACAAUCUGGAUACACCUAUGCUGCUGGGAUAUGGAUCGAAGAAAUAAGGAGAGGACUUGCGUGGCAUUCCAGUUGCUCAGCUACAGCGAAGGAAUCCGACGAACAUCAUGCGCCGUCCUGGAGCUGGGCAUUUUGGCCGACGUCUCCUGGGAUCGAGUUCAUGAUGCGUCCUGGAGCUUUGUAUGCGGAUAUGGAUGAAGGAAAAGCUACUCUAAUCAGAUACAAGAUCAUUCCAGAGGAUGACGAUAAAUUCGGUCGUGUCAAAUCCGGAUAUAUCGAUUUACGUGGAAGAGGCAUUUCGAUGAGGAGCUGGCUAGAGCAGAAUCACCUCAUAUUCAAUUAUGUACGUGAUUACGUGAUUGUUAUGAUCUUUUUACUAAAUCUGCCUCGAGCUCGGAUGUACCCGGAGCUAUUGAACGCGAGCAAACAAGCUGCUUCUUUGAUUCAUUUGACGAGAAUGCUACAUCAGAAAAGAUCUCGGAGGAAACGUUUCUGUUCUCUAUAUUUACAGAGGACGAUGACUCCACGAUUUACACGUAUGCAUUGUUACUGGUCCAGGUUGAGAAUUCCCCAAAAGAAACAUAUCGAAGAGUCGGUCUUAUUACAUUCUGGCCAAGAGAGGGAUAUUCGAUGGAUACUUGGGACAAAAAAGAAGUCCACAUCAUAUAA